AUGAAUAGAUCCCGUAAUCUGUGGAGUGUGGAGGAGGACACUACCCUCAGGAGGUUGGUUGAAUCUUGUGAGAAAGGCAAAGUCGACUGGCGCGUUAUUGCCUCCUAUCUCCCCGGCCGAAACAACAAGGAUUGUCGCAAACGAUGGCACUAUCGUGUGUCCGCCACCAUGAACCUGGGUCCAUGGUCACAGGGCGAGGAUGAGUUGUUGAAGAUGGGUAUUCAUCGUCAUGGGCCACAUUGGUCUCGCGUUGCGCAAGUCGUGGGGACUAGGAAUGGGGAUCAAUGCUUCAAACGGUGGAACGACGUGCUAGAUCCAGCUAUUGAUCGCAGCCCCUGGACACGAGAGGAAGAUCGACUUCUUUUGCUUGCAAUCGGCGAGUAUGGACGAGCUUGGAAGAUGAUUGUCGACACAUACUUCCCCGGCCGGACGGGUCUGGAUGCAAAGAAUCGACAUCGACAACUCACUCGCAAGCGAAAGAGAGAGAGCAAACCUUCGACCAAGACGACCAAAACAACAAUUAAAAAAGAGCAACAACCACAACAACAAUUCACAUCCGUACAGUCACCACUCCCACAACUAACGCCCACCUCAUUAUCACCAGCACUAUCCGCUGUCGGAACACCUAGUAUCAUCCUUCAACACCAACACCAACAACAACACCAACACAUCGACGUAUCACCCCGAAAUUCAGAGAUGCAUCUACAUGUGCAUGACCGCUUAGUUGGCGGUGACGAUGCUACCACCGAACGAUCUCUAUCUGUUCCUCCGGCUUCGUCCUCGUCGUAUUGGGAGGUGCCUCUAGAGGGACUGUUUAGUCCACCGCUACCCACCGCCACACCGGAGACUCCAUAUAGUUCGUGCAGUAGUAUAUCGACUAGUCAUUACGAGGGAAGCUUGUCGAGCUUCAAAGGCGAACCUCAGCCACCGUACGAGAGUGGAGAGUUGCUAAUGCAUGGGGUGCCUGCAGUCCCAUACCCCUAUUACAUCCCAACACCCCACGAGCGCAGUCUUGAAAUUCAACCCCAUCUCAGCUAUCUUCCGAAUCAUGCACAUCAUCCACAUGCACACAGUCAUCACGGACACGAAGAGAAUAUCCUCGGCCUACGUCCGGGCAUGGUCAUGUCACCUCCGUUCCACGGACAGGGAGUCUUCCCCGUCCAUCACCACCAACCCUACGCACUAGACGGAAUUGUAAUGUGA